UUUCUCAAAACAAUCUCUGCGUGUUCUUGGAUAAAAGGUAAAUAGUUCAUCAGCUCUCCCCACUAUGACAUCUGAAACUGCUGCCCAAUUUGGCAUUGUCCCCAACCUCGCCCAUCAAAGCGCCGAGGAACGCGCUCGUGACGCACCCCGGCUCCCAUUCCUCAUGAAGCUCAACCUUCUCGUUGAAGCUCGAGGAAUCACCUCCUUUGAGGAUCUUCUGCAAGCGAAAACCGAAGUUGAGAAAGAGCUGGAGGUUGGAAAGCAAAAGGAUCUCGCUGAAGACAAGGAGAACGAUGUUGAAAGCGAAGAGCGACUCCCGGAGGAACCCAAGGCAAAGAAGGCGAAAAAAUCUCCGAAGAUCAAGGGCUUCCCAAACCUAGUGAGAAGAAAUGCCCGCCGCGGCAUGGGUGUCCUUGGAGGUGAGACCUGGACCGAAGAAAUCGUCAUGGGCUAAACCGUCGGGAUGGGGAUAUGACAUAUUGAUUGGUUAAUCUUAUGUUUUUUAUGUGAAUAUUGCAAUGUGAAAAUGUAGAAUAAAGUUUAUACAGUUG